CCACCCUGGGAUGUCCCAGAACCCACGGCAGAGGCCAAUUCUCUAAUCACGUAAAACAACUAAGCACUUCUUAGCUUCUCUUUUCAGACCAGAGGGGCCAGUUUCUCGACCUCUUCCCCGACGGGGGUUCUGCUGAGCCAGCGGGCUGAAUGCUGACUCCACAGCUCCCCCAGGCUGGGUCCAGCAUGCCCAGAUGCCCUCCCAGCAGAGUGCUUGUCCGUUCUUCUCUUUUCUGUCAUUUGAAGCACAUGGGACAGUCCUACGUGCAUAGCAGGUGUUUAUAAACAUGUGGUAAAUUUCAUCCACUUGUCCACUUAGCCAGCUCUGUACCCAGCACCAUGCUAAGUCCCUGGACACAUCAGCACGCCAGAGGCCCGGGGCUCUGCCCCGUGAAGCUCAUGGCACAGUGGUUCUCUACCCCUACGUUUGUUUAGCCCUUUUACAUAUUUACCUAGCUGGCUCCCCAGCACCCCUGUGAUGUGGUUGUUAUUAUUCCUAGCUCACAGGUGAGAGAGCGGUGGUCUAGCAAGAUUGCGUGAUGAACCCAAGGUCAUGAGGCUAUAGGCACUGCCCCUGAAACUCCAACCCAUGUUUUCUUGGGUUGUGUAGACCUGUGCCAAGACCUGCCUCGCAGAGUCUCCUAUUGAGCUCUGCAGAACAGUGAAGUACCCCCUAGGCGUCAUCCUUCCCGCACAGGGAAAUUCCAAUAUUGUUUUAUUAUCCUGCCUCCGUGGGAUUGAAAGCAAUGCUUAUUCAAGAAUUAUCACCUCUUCCUCAAACGUGAGCAGUGCCCCGCAAAUGCAGAACCCCUAAAACACUGGGCAUCAGCGAUCUUGUCAAGGGUUUCUCAAAUGGCCAUGGAGUGUGCGAUCUCAAUCAUAGAAAAGGAGAACUCCAGCAAAGUUGAUAUCUUUCUGAAAACUUGCAAAACCUGAUAGCCUGUUCAGAAGGGGAAGUUGAGUUGUUUCCCACCUUUCUGAUGUCUCUGAACAGAUGGUACCUCCGCUUCAUCGGUGGCAAGACCUAAGCUGUCGCUGGACACAUAGAGGACUCUGCUCAUUUAGCAGGGAACAGAAAAAUGGCAACCACCAUAGCCAGGCCUGGGAUUGAGGAAGAUACCACAGGGUAUGACUAUGAUUUUUCAAUGCCAUGUUUCAAAGUGGACGUCCAAGAGCUGGAGGCCCAGCUGCUGCCCCCACUGUAUGCCCUGGUCUUCGGGGUUGGGCUGCUGGGCAACGUGAUGGUGGUGGUGAUCCUCACAAAAUACAGGCGCUUCUCGACCAUGACGAACAUCUACCUGCUCAACCUGGCCAUCUCUGACUUGCUCUUUCUGUUCACGCUGCCCUUCUGGAUCCACUACAUGAAGUGGGGCCACUGGGUGUUCGGCCACGGCAUGUGCAAGCUGCUCUCGGGGCUGUAUUCUGUAGGCUUGUACGGGGAGGUCUUCUUCAUCAUCCUGCUGACCGUAGACCGGUACCUGGCCAUCGUCCACGCCGUGUUUGCGCUUCGAGCCCGGACCUUCACCGUUGGGAUCAUAAGCAGUGUCUUCACGUGGGUCCUGGCAGGGGUAGUAGCCCUCCCUGAAUUCAUCUUCCACAAGGCCCAAGAGCAGUCCGACAUGUUGUUCUGCAGCUCCCUGUACCCAGAGGACAAAGAAAGGCCCUGGAAGUGUUUCUACGCCUUGCGAAUGAACAUCUUGAGCCUGGCUCUGCCGCUGCUCACUAUGGUGGUCUGCUACUCCGGAAUCAUCAAGACACUGGUGAGAAGCCCCAGCAGGAAAAAGCUCAGGGCCAUCCGGCUCAUUUUCGUCAUCAUGGUGGUCUUUUUCAUUUUCUGGGCACCCUACAACCUGGUUGUCCUUCUCUCCACUUUUCCAAAGAUCUUUUUCGACAACAGCUGUGAGCAGAGCAACCGGCUGGACAUCGCCCUGAUGGUGACGGAGGUGGUGUCCUUCACGCACUGCUGCGUCAACCCUGUGAUCUACGCCUUCGUCGGAGAGAGGUUCCAGAAGCACCUCCGCCACUUUUUCCACAGGCACGUGGCUGUGCACUUGGGCAAGUGCAAUCCAUUCUUUGCUGGCGAGACACUGGAAAGAGGUAGCUCGGUAUCCCGGUCCACAGGGGAGCAGGAACUCUCUGCUGUAUUCUAGGUCAGAUGCAGAAAACUCCCCAAAGAAAAUGCACCGGGCACGGCAAGCAAAUACACUGAGCCAAUGGCAUUGAUCUCUACACCAGUCCUUUGAAUUUGCAGCACAACUGAAGAAGCUGUUGAAGACGUGGACAUAUGUCCACAAUGGUAGCGGUAUAUCUAUGCACCCCGAAGUCAUUACCAGAGGACAGUGGCUGGGCAGCUUACUUAUUGUCAAGCUCAAAAAGCUUUGCUUACGAAGAGUUACAUACACAUGAACGCACCUGUUCGACAGUUAGUCUAGGCAGCUACAAACAGGUAAAACUUUGUAUAUUUUAAAUCUUAACUUCAGCCAACUAUUGACAUAAACGACGCCUAUUUUGCAAAAUGCAAUAAAUCCAUCACAUGCCUUCUUGUGCCUAGCUCUUUCCUUGCUUGGUCAAGAGUCUCUCUUUUUGCAGAUUAUGGCUAUGUACUCUCCAGCAGCACAAUGGUAUGUCAUCCCUGCUCUGAUUAUUCUUAAUAUUGAAUUGAUUUUCUAUUCGCACCGAGUGACCACGUUUCCCAGGAGUGACUCAGAGGA